AUGAUUCACCGUGCCGGUCUCGUCGAGAAGCAGGCUCGGGCUCAACUGAUUCAUGCUACCCCGAGUGUGUUCUCAGCAUUUGCCUAUCACGAUUCAAUAGUUGUGACACUUUCCUCCGAAAAUCAUUUAUCACGAUUCGUUUAUUGUCGCUAUUUUGAUUGUAAAUUCAACGAGAUCCCUCAACCGUUCAAAACCACCGUAUUACCGGAAAGUGCGGUGUUUUGCGGGCGACGAAUUGGCGCUGCUUAUAUCACAAUCACCAGUACGCUAGAAGACGCAUUAUUCGAAAGUCCGGUGAGAAUACAAAAGAGAUUAGAGACCCAACAUUUCUUUACUGUUUGUGUUGAUCCGCUUAUCGGCGAAAAUCGAAAAUAUUUGAAAAUCGCCGAGUUCAUCGAAUAUUAUAAGCUUCAGGGUGCAACAUUCUUUCAUUUCUAUGUGCGAAACAUCACAGAUUACGAUCGAUUCAUUCUUGACGAUUAUGCGCGCACUGGGGAAAUCGAAGUGAUCCGAUUGAGAGAUCAUUAUUGGCGCGAGGAUUUCAUGUGGAUGCAGACGCAAACGAGCGAUUGUCAUUUUCGUUCGCGAUCGUUCUCGAAAUGGACGGCGUUUCUCAAUAUUGAUGAUCGACUGGAAAUCAAUUCGUCGCACUAUUCAACUCUUGAAUUAUUUCUCGAGUAUGCUUUGAUUGUGCUUGGAAAAAUGUAA